AUUGAAAGUCGUCCAACAAUAUACUGUAUUUGCAAUUCAUUUUUGUGUCAUAAUUAAGGUAUAUAUGAUUCCCUAACAAAAAAAAUACUGCUAAAUAUGUGGUCAUAUUAUUUUAAUUCCAUGGAUUUGAUUUACAUAAUUAAUUGCAUGACUAUCACUUCUUAUCAACCAUAUAUAUACACACACAAACUACACAAGUGUAAAGAGUGAUAAAUCUCCACACACACACAUAGGUAGGUUGUCAAAAAAGAAAAGUAGAGGUUUUGAAGAUGAUGAGAAAGGAUUCAUGGUGGUGGAUUUGGGUUGGAGUAAUGGUGCAUGUAAAGGUAAGUUGUGGUGUAAAGCUGCCGGCAAACGUAACAGUUCCGGCAGUUAUGGCGUUCGGGGAUUCGAUCGUUGAUCAAGGAAACAACAAUAUGUUGAAGACGCUCGUCAAGUGCAAUUUCCCGCCCUACGGCAAAGAUCUCAACCAACCCCUUCCCACCGGCAGAUUCGGCAACGGCAAAACGCCUGCAGAUUUCAUUGCUGAAGAAGUUGGAGUGAAAGAACUGAUACCAGCUUAUCUUGAUCCCAAUUUGAAGAUUCAAGAUCUUUUAAGUGGAGUCAGCUUUGCUUCAGGAGGAUGUGGGUUUGACCCUCAAACUGCUCACAUAGUGUCAGCAAUAUCACUGUCUGAUCAGUUGAAGUAUUUCAAAGAAUACAUAGGAAAGCUGAAAGCAGCAGUAGGGGAAGACAAAAGCAAGUAUAUCUUGAGCAACAGCUUGUACUUGGUGGUAGCAGGCAGUGAUGAUCUCGCCAACACCUACUUCACCAUCGGCCUUCGUCGCAUCCAAUACGACAUCGCUUCCUACACCGAUCUCAUGGUCUCCUCGGCUUCCUCCUUCAUACACGAAUUGUACAAUCUUGGAGCAAGACGAAUAGCUGUGUUCGGUGCCCCACCGAUAGGCUGUUUGCCGUCUCGCCGAACUAUCGCAGGUGGCCUCGCCAGGAUUUGUUCCGACCAAGAAAAUCAGGCCGCACAACUGGUUAAUCACAAGCUCUCAUCUACGCUUAAUUCACUCGCCAAAACCUUGCCUCAAUCUAGAGUUGUUUACGUCAAUAUCUAUGACCCUCUUCUUAAUCUCAUCCUACACCCUCAAGAUUAUGGGUUUGAAGUUAUUGACAAAGGGUGCUGCGGGACAGGAAAUAUAGAAGUGGCCAUACUGUGUACCAAAUACAGUGGGACAUGCAACGAUGACUCUAAAUAUAUAUUCUGGGACAGCUACCAUCCCACUGAGAGAGCAUACAAGGUUCUUGUCGAUCAAAUCCUAAGCAAAUAUAUCAAUAGCUUAGCAUGAUGAGGUCUGAUAUUCCACUCGGCUUACAAGAGAGUUGCGUUAUUUUAAUAUUUAUAAUCAUGCAUCUCGGUCAACAUGUUUUUUUCUUUAUUGAGAUAGUCAUUGAGUUUUUUUUCUUAUAAUGUAAAUCAACUCUGGUUUAAUCAAUUCAAAAACCUAAGCUUUUGAGUUGUA